CCAGAUUUCUACGAUGUGGGCGGAUUGCCCGUAAGCCCACUUCGCACGGCUUUUGCUAUGAUUCAAAGCCUAGCGAGGGGUUGUAAUUUUGAGACGUAUUUGUUACUAAUAGGAACAUGGUGAAUAUCAACGAGAUAAGAAAGCGGUAGCGGUAUGUCGGGUUUCAAGUAUGCGGAGGCUGGUAGCAAACUACGAGAAGCUAAAGUAUACUCGAACGGGCGACCAUAAUGGAUACACCCACAGUUAAGAGUCCCUGCCUUCUGGGUCGUCAUCCCAGUCGUCUUCUAGAAUAGUAUGGAAAUAUCCAAUAACAUAACCGCAAAGAGGAACCACGUGUGCCAAUUCUUCAGCUUGGGUUGUCAGAAGAAGAUACACUUAAGGAUAACACAGGGGAAAUUAUGGGUAUCGGGUUCGUCGGUAAAGCUUAUUCAGGAGACAUAUCGACGGAAAGGGUCCUUCACGUUUUGUUAUCUGGCGUGUCUCGGUAUUACCCAUGCGUAUAUCGAGAGCGAGGCGUUCCUGUGCGUCGUACGUCCGUCGAGAGGAAUAUAUAAGAGUACCUAGACAUAGUUUACAAAAGAACGCUCUUCGGCAUACUCCCAAGAUGGCUUCACCAACAACUCUUCUCUCCCUCUUCCUGCUCUUGCCUGCAUUUACGUCCGCCCAACCCAGCUUUGUCGCGUACAAAGAAAAGAGCUGCAGCGAGCCUCUUGAGAUUUGGACCGACGGGAUGCUUAUCGAAAAUAGCGAGCUUUUCAUAGACCAUUCUAUCAAAGAAAGGGGGGAUUUCGACGGUGGCCACGCCUACAACAAUAUAACAUUCCCAGCCGCGCCGGCAACCGGCAAUUUCGAACAGGACGCAGGGACUCAGUUUGUAUAUUGGAAAGUGGAGCAGCCAGACCCGACUUGUCAGUUUAUACUGAUGAAAGAUACGCCGCGGGGAUGGCAAUCUCUCAGCCAGAUGCCCGGAGACGAGAUGUUGAGAGUAGCCGAAGAGGGCUGCUACUAUACGGCUUUGAGCCCAAACGUCGACUUGAUCACCAGCUUCUGCUGCGGCCGCGACGACUGCGCUAUCGCGGAGAUCGAAGUUCAAUAUCAGAGCCCCGUCGAUAUCGUCAGCGGUGAUGCCCCGAACUGCACGGUCAAGUCUUACGACGCCACACCUACCGUCGAAGACGGCCAGCAAAUAGCCGUUACCAGGCCGCAGACCUGCGAGGCCCCGCCGACUUGCACGCACUCCAUAACCCUGAGCAAGAUGGUCAGCACGGCCGUGUCGCAUUUCCAGUCGUAUUCCUGGACCACGGAGGAAGGAGUUGACGUCAAGAUAGAUACCGGCGUCGACUUUAUCGUGGAUGCCAAGGUAUCUGCGGGCAUAAGUUUCAACAUCGCGCAGGGCUGGAUGGACGAGACCGGGACGACUCUGACGCAAACCAACAUCACGGCUUCGUCCGAGGCGGGAAGGCAGGAGGUAGGAACUAUAGCAUUCUACGCCUUCACGCCGCAGUACGACUGCUGGAAAGGCGACGUCAGCUGCGGCUACGACAACAAUGGAAACGAGGUCGUACUUGAGGGUAUUAGUUUCUGCCAGCCUCGAAUUGCGAGUACUGGCGAUCCGGCUGGGCUUUUUAGGAUGGUGUAUACUUCGGGAUGAGAGAUGCGUUAGUCUCUGCCGAAUGGAUAGGGCGUCCGUCCUCUAGAUAGGUUUUUCUUUUUUUGUCAUAUUUCACUUUCUUACCAAUUUAGCAGCUUGGGGAUUUGAGGAUUUUAGGAUUUUAGAAUAGGAUAGGGCGGGACAGGAUAGAUUUGGGAAUU